CCCACGGAUCGCGUCACAAGCCAGCGACUGAUCCUUGGUGGUGGUGGCCAAGGCGGCAGCGGCGGCGACAGCUCUGGGGUUUGCGUCUCGGGGUGUGUCGGCCGCCGCUGCUGCUCGGGCCUGGUAUGUACAGAUGGCUGGUUAGGAUUCUCGGCACCAUUUUCCGCUUCUGCGACCGGUCGGUGCCCCCUGCCAGGGCUCUCCUGAAGAGGCGGCGCUCGAACAGCACUCUGUUUUCUACAGUGGACACUGAUGAAAUACCUGCUAAAAGACCAAGAUUAGAUUGCUUUAUUCACCAAGUGAAAAACAGUCUCUACAAUGCUGCCAGCUUAUUUGGAUUCCCAUUCCAGCUGACCACAAAGCCUAUGGUGACUUCUGCUUGUAAUGGAACACGGAAUGUGGCCCCUUCAGAAGAGGUAUUUUCGAACUCUUCAUCUUGUGAACUGACAGGUUCUGGAUCCUGGAACACCAUGCUGAAACUGGGUAAUAAAUCUCCUAAUGGAAUAAGUGACUAUCCAAAGAUCAGAGUGACAGUAACCCGAGAUCAACCACGUAGAGUCCUGCCUUCCUUUGGCUUUACUCUAAACUCAGAAGGCUAUAAUAGAAGACCAGGUGGCCGUCGCCAUAGCAAAACCAAUCCAGAGAGUUCCUUAUUGUGGAAACCUCAGGAACAGGCUGUAACAGAAAUGAUUUCUGAAGAGGGUGGCAAGGGUCUGAGACGUCCCCAUUGUACCGUGGAGGAGGGUGUUCAAAAAGAGGAAAGAGAGAAGUACCGAAGAUUAUUGGAGCGACUUAAAGAAGGUGGUCAUGGAAACUCUAUCUCACCUGUGACUUCACAUCAUCACAGUUCUCAAAGAAGUCAGAUGGACACAUUAAAGACCAAAGCCUGGGGGGAGGAGCAGAAUCACGGAGUCAGAGCAACUCAGUUUUUUCCAAAACAAUAUAGAGUUGCUGAAACCAGAGGACCUCUAUGUCCAAUGAGAAGUGAAAAGAGGUGUUCAAAAGGGAAAAUUUCUGAUACAGAGAAGAUGGUGGGAAUCAGACUUGAAAAUGAAGGUAGGAGGGGACACCGAAUGGAGCCUGACCUAUCCGAAGAAGUGUCAGCUCGACUCCGCCUGGGCAGUGGAAGCAAUGGAUUACUCAGGAGGAAAAUGUCAAUACUUGAGGCAAAGGAAAAGAAUUUCUCAGGCAAAGAAAGGGAUAGAAGAACAGAUGAUCUCCUUGAACUUUCAGAGGAUAUGGAAAAAGAAAUCAGUAAUGCCCUAGGCCAUGGCCCACCAGAUGAGAUCCUAAGUAGUGCUUUCAAAUUGCGAAUUACUCGAGGAGAUAUCCAGACCUUAAAGAACUAUCACUGGCUCAAUGAUGAGGUUAUUAAUUUUUACAUGAAUCUUCUAGUGGAAAGAAAUAAAAAGCAAGGCUAUCCAGCACUUCAUGUAUUCAGCACUUUCUUCUAUCCUAAAUUAAAGUCUGGGGGUUAUCAAGCAGUGAAAAGAUGGACCAAAGGGGUUAAUCUCUUUGAACAAGAACUUGUUCUGGUGCCUAUUCAUCGGAAGGUACAUUGGAGCCUUGUGGUGAUGGACCUAAGAAAAAAGUGUCUUAAAUACCUGGAUUCUAUGGGACAAAAGGGCCACAGGAUCUGUGAGAUUCUUCUUCAGUAUUUACAGGAUGAAAGUAAGACCAAAAGAAAUAUUGAUCUAAAUCUUUUAGAGUGGACCCACUACAGCAUGAAGCCACAUGAGAUUCCUCAACAGUUGAAUGGGAGUGAUUGUGGAAUGUUUACUUGUAAAUAUGCAGAUUAUAUUUCUAGGGACAAACCUAUCACAUUUACUCAGCACCAGAUGCCUCUCUUCCGGAAGAAGAUGGUGUGGGAAAUCCUUCAUCAGCAGUUGCUGUGAGAAAGCCCCGCCUGCUCCCUCUAGCUGCUGGUGGUUCUUUCACGGACGUUUCCAUAUACCUCAUGCAUUGUGGGUUAAAAAGUCCCUGCAUCAUUUCUGUUCUCUCACAGGUACUGAGCUGUCAAAAGUGCAUGGAGGCCCCUCGCUGCACUACAGUCCUGACUUGGGGUGUGGAGGGGCUGCUUGCAACCCUGUCUGUAAGGCUGUGCCUGCUCAGAGCCCUGGACUGUUCAACCCACACAAGAACAAACGCUAAUUAUUAUGUUUUUUGUUUUAAAGAGUUCUUUCCCUAUGAAUGUGGGAAAUGCAGGAUUUAUUCUAUGAAUUGUUUUUUUUUUUUUUUUCUGUGUGUUUGUUCACGUGCAUUCAUUUGCUCACUCAUUUGCAAAUAUUGGGCAGUGGCCAUUUUCCACUGCUCUUUUACAGUUAACUCUAAAUUACUUGUUUGAACUAUUUAUUUCUGAAAGGAAUGUUAAUCAAACUGCCACUCCCUGCUGAAGAUCAGGAGGGACAUCAGUGGGGAGAGGAAGGAAAUGUUAAUUAACUUUUCUAAUGCUGGAGCAGUAACUGCCAACUUGAAGUAAGGGAUCUCCCCAUUUUUGAGGCUGGAAAAUGCCAGGAUAAACAAAAAUGCUGUGUUGUCGGGGCCGAUGGCCUUUCAGAGGAAAUAUGACACUCCAGCAUCGGCACAGUGUUGUGGAGAAGUAGCAGUGUGGCCAAGGAGGUCUGGCCAUCCAUGUGUCUUCAGAAGAGUGUCAUGGUCAUCUUAGAGACACUUCCCUUUCUGGAAUUGAGGUGACUUGGCUGACUCUUGAAACUGGAUUCAAAGUAACUAUAGACCCUAAAUCUUCAUUUUCAUCCUAUAUGUGUUUGAACAUAAACCUCAGUAAGGGUUGGCCAGAGCUCUCCAUGUCACAGGACAGUAUUCAGUUUAAAGCUCUGUUUUUCCUCAAAGUUUUUUUUUUUUUUUUUUUUUUUAGCUAAAAUGCAGUUUUUUUACUCAUUAAGAUUAACAUCCCCCACUCCACCCCUAUUCAGAUCUGUGGAAGAAGACGUAGCACUUGGCUCUGAGGUUAUAUAAUAGUCUAUUUUGCAUAUGAAAGUUUGUAUUUAACUUUUUGUUCAUUAAAAAUAUUACAGAUGUGGUUAUGCAGUUUUAAUUUCAGAAAGUUUAGAGUUGGUCAGAACAUAUUUUGCAAGAUCUAGUGCCUAGUGUUGCUUUUAUGAUGUAAUAAAAGGUUGUCUGGCAGAACCUGAAAA